CGUCCCCCGAGAGUCCCUUUAUACACCACAGUCGGCGUUUUUUUCAGUACCUCUUUUCCUUCACUCCUCAACUGCACAACUAUUCGAUGCAGGCUGCACGACAUGCCCGUCUUAUGUCCAGGACCACGAGCAGGACGCUUGUCCGCUCUCACGUGCAUGUGCAAAAGCUUUUCUUGACGACGUCGACGUCCAGAGCCCAAUUAGGAUCUGUAGCGUCGACGGCCGCCGCCGCGUCACAGACUCCGCCUCCUUCACCGCCUCCAUCUCAAGGGAGAUGGAGACACUUCUUACAGACUCUGGGACGUGUGACACUUGUAACAGUUGUUGGAGCCUCUGCAACCUUCUACUACAUUGCACAUAAGGAAAAACACCCGGGGUCACAGCUCCCCUUCGAUCCCUCAAAAAAGACCCUGGUCAUUUUAGGCAGCGGUUGGGGAGCAACGAGCCUUCUCAAGGGGCUUGACACCAGCGACUAUAACACUAUUGUCGUCUCCCCAAAGAAUUUCUUCCUAUUCACGCCUCUCCUUCCAUCCGUGGCAGUCGGCACGCUCAACGCACGAUCCAUUGUACAGCCUACUCGCUACCUGACUCGUCACAAAUCACGUCAAGUAUUAGUCAUUGAAGCUGAAGCCAAGGAAGUCGACCCGGUAAACAAAACUGUUACGCUGUCAGAUGACUCGGAGAUCCAAGGUCAAAUCUCUAGCACGACUAUCCCGUACGACUACCUUGUGUAUGCUGUCGGUGCAGAGACGCAGACAUUUGGCAUCCCCGGGGUGAAGGAGCACGCAUGCUUCAUGAAGGAGUUGCAUGAUGCCGAGAAGAUGCAAAGACGGUUUUUGGACUGCGUAGAGAGUGCUGCUUUCCCGGGCCAAAGUGAUGAUGAGAAGGACAGGUUGUUGCAUAUGGUUGUAGUAGGCGGUGGGCCAACGGGUAUCGAACUUAGUGGCGAACUCCGUGAUUUCCUCGAGGAGGACCUCAAGUCGUGGUACCCAGAGCUUGCCUCACGGAUCCGCAUCACGUUGGUUGAGGCGCUCCCCAACGUGCUUCCCUCAUUCAGCAAAGAGCUGAUUGCGUAUACCGAACGCACGUUCAAGGAGUCCGAGAUCGAGAUCCUCACCAAGACUAUGGUGAGGAAGGUGAACGAGAAGAGCGUCGUUCUCAAGGGCCCCGAUGGUGUCGAACGGGAGGUGCCGUGCGGGAUGGUUGUCUGGGCUGCCGGCAACACUGGUCGCCAAAUAACACGGGAUCUGAUGGCGAAGCUCCCUGAAGACCAGACGAACAAGCGCGGGAUCAACAUCGACGAUUACCUCCGCAUGAAGGGAUCUCGCGAUAUCUUCGCUAUCGGUGACUGCACGGCCUCGUCUUACGCUCCAACUGCCCAGGUCGCAAGUCAACAGGGUUCAUACCUCGCACGCGUGUUCAAGUUGCUUGCGAAGAAAGACAGACUGGAGGGUGACCUAACUCAUGCUGAGACCAGCGAAACGGCAGAGAAACUGAAGAAGCAGGUGGAUAAGGUCAAGUUAAAGCCUUUCCACUACAGUCAUCAGGGAUCGUUGGCAUACAUCGGCUCGGAUAAGGCAAUUGCUGAUCUGCCUAUCUUCGGGCGCGAGUGGACCAGUGGAGGUGUUGCGACGUUCAUGUUCUGGCGGAGUGCUUAUCUGAGCACGCUAUUUUCUCUCCGAAACCGAAGCUUGGUUGCUGGGGACUGGGUAAGGGUGAAGUUAUGGGGACGUGACGUGAGCCGGGAAUGAAGGCCGGGCAUGAACGUUCAAGACUAGCUAGGAUGGACUAUCAACAUCGCAUUUCUAGAUAUAGACUAUAGAGGUACAUCAUUUCCCCCCUGUUUAUCAUUCAUCAUAGUACAUAAUCGUGUCUGCAAUUUUUACCGGUCGCUACCCCCCAGCCACGCGUUGCCUUCCAUUCCUUCUCGCUUCCUCAUUGCCUUCUUAUCGUAUCAUGCAUAUUCUAUGCUUCUUCGUAUAUUAUUGUUAUUGUGGAUGGGUGUUGGGAAGAGUUAUAUAGACGCUGCUAAGUGCACGCAUUGACCGAUAGAGGUAGUAUUUUGCAUAUAUAUAAAUCAAGUCGAUGAA